UCAUCAAUCGCCAAUCACCCACGUUUUGUAGUUGUAUAUAAUUAUUAUUCCAUUCAUUUAAUUUUCUCUCUACUUGGAAUCUCAUCAUCAUAUUAAUCAAAGAAAAAAAUGAAAAAUACCAGAUAAGACUGGUGGUUGUUCUCAAUUAUUUUUAAGCCCAAUUUUUAUCCUCCUUUUCUCUUCAUUAUUGUUCAUACUAUAACACAGGUUAUUGACUAUUGUAGUUCAUAUUGGUGGUAUAAGAUUUGUUAAAAUAGUAUCUGGAUUCUUGGAAAAAUGGGUUCAGAAGGUCCUGCACCAUCAGCAGUAACAGUUCAUGUGACAGGUUUUAAGAAGUUCCAUGGAGUUGCAGAAAAUCCAACAGAGACAAUUGCGCGUAAUCUGAAAGAAUACAUGGAGAAGAAGGGUUUACCAAAAGGGUUAACUCUAGGUAGCUGCAAUGUUCUUGAAACUGCAGGACUCGGGGCAGUUGCUCCUCUUCAUCAGACGCUGCAAUCUGCCAUUAACGGGAAUGAUUCAGAAUUGCCAAAUUCUGGGACUGUUAUUUGGUUGCAUUUAGGAGUUAACAGUGGUGCUAUGCGAUUUGCCAUCGAGAAUCAGGCUGUCAACGAAGCCACUUUUCGCUGCCCUGAUGAAAUGGGAUGGAAACCUCAGAAAGUCCAGAUUAUUCCCACAGAUGGAGAGAUUUCUAGAACAAGAAAGACAAUGCUCCCUGUCGAGGACAUUACAUCAACUUUGGCGAAGAAAGGUUACGAGGUGAUGACAUCGGAAGAUGCAGGGCGGUUUGUUUGUAACUACGUGUACUACCAUUCACUCUGGUUCGCAGAGCAACACGGGACAAAGUCCCUAUUUGUACAUGUUCCCCUUUUCUCUACUAUAAACGAGGAAACCCAGAUGCAGUUUGUAGCUUCCCUAUUGGAGGUACUUGCAUCCUCGCCCUAGCCUAGCCCACACUCUACUAAGUCUACUAGCGAGCAACUCGCUCGACUUGUAUCUUGUCCAGUCAGUGCUUGUGUGAGUAGUUUGAAUUGUUGGCUUUGUAUUUAGAGUGCGGGGGAAAUGGAGGCAUGUUUUCUUACAUGCUGGAGCAAAUCUGUGUUGAAGUUGCAAAUUACAUAAUUGGGUUCUCUUUUUUACCUCA